AUGUACAAAGCCCUCCUCGACAAUGAAAUCGUCUCCGGUGUCCUCUCAACGCUCGACAACAAAGACAUCUCCGCCUUUUUGAACGACCCAAGUCAUGCUAAAACACGUUCAGUUGCCCUUGUUUCAUUUUGCACUGUUAUUGCUGCCUAUGCGCUUUCUCGCUCUCGAUCGCAUUCGAAAAACAAAGAUACGCCGAUGGUGCCAUAUACAUUCCCACUGAUAGGAUCUUCAAGAGAGUAUCGCAAAGACCCAGAAGCUUUCAUUAAAAAGUGGUCAAGCGAACUAGGGGAUGUGUAUAAAGUACAUCUUUUUGGAAGGAUACAAACGGUGGUCUCUGGCAAACACGUGUAUUGUCUUCAGAAGGAUUUUGAUUUUCAGCAAGGAAUGAGCAAGACCUUUGAUAUUUGGCUAUUGCUUGAUGCGCCAUUAGGAGGAAGGUUUACUUUAGACAUGAUCCGCCAUGCGACUAUCAAGUUUACCAGAACAAAGAUGCUGGAUAAUACUCCAUGUGUUGUGAAGCAACUGAUCGCUGCAGAACAUGAGAUGAUAGGAGAUGCCCAAACACCAUCGGAAAUAGCGAACUUGUACCCUUUAAUGGAGCAUUUGCUGGCUAUCGCAAGUGCAACCAAUUUUGUUGGUCCUGGGCUUACCAAGGAUAAAGACUUACUCGAAACGUACAAGCAUCUUGCAGUUGAUGUUGGAUCCGAGUUAGGCGAUGGUAAUGAAUUCCUUGAGGCGUUUCCAUGGAUUUCCCGUUUGCGGAUGUGGUAUCUCGGUAAACAUGGCAACUCGGUGGACAAGCAUAGAAAGCGAUUGCUUCGUGCAAUCAAACCUAUUAUUGAUGAGAGAUUAGCAGCCGCUGAAACUGGAAAAGAGAAUCCGCAAGAUUUUAUUCAAGAUAUCAUUGAAGAAAGCGAAAUUACAUCCAGCGACCCUGACAAAUACAUUAUAGCUGUGAGAUGGAUCUUGGUAAUGAUUGCUUCAGCGGGUCAUACAACUACCGAAAAUACGACUAUUAUCCUUUAUCGCAUCUUGCAACAUCCAGAAGUGAUUGAUGAGCUGCUACAAGAGCAGAGACAAGUAUUGGAGAAGCAUCAUGGUGCCGACGUUAAUGAUGCUGAAGAUUUGGCUACGCUAUUCACUGGUGAAGUAAUCAAGGACCUUGUCAAGCUUGAUAGCGUGUGUCGUGAAGCCAUGCGACUACGCAGCUUCUACAUUGAUCUACCACAUACGUAUGUUGGGAAGUCGCCUCUCGCUUUAACAAACACGUGCACCAUUAAUCCAGGAGAAGAUGUGUUGCUUAACAUGUGGUUGAACCAUAACCGUACAUCGAUGCAAAAUGAUGGAUUGGGUGACUAUGACAAGUUUAAACCUUUCCGCUUUGUUGGCAUUGAUCGUUCAUCAACCAAGCUUGGAGGAGAUUUCUUGCUUUUUGGUUUAGGAACCCACGCCUGCCCUGGACGUUGGUUUGCAAUGCACCAAACAAAGACAAUCCUAUCUAUGCUCCUCCGACGCUACCAAAUUACCCCACAAGAAACGAUCGUCUUCCCCGUAGGCAAUCGAAGCCAUAUUCCAACGGGCAAAGUCACCUUUCAAAAGAGACAAUAA